AUCAACGCAACACGGGUUUUAUGCUAACCGCGGGCUUCAAUCUGCACACAGAGGAACACUCACAAAAGCCAUUUUUAAUCAUUUGCAUUUGACAAGAAUGCCAUUAUUUUGUAUUUGACAGACAGUACAACCAUCAUGAAUCUUGACAGGCUUCGUAAAAGAGUGAGACACUACAUUGAUCAGCAACAGUAUCAAAGUGCUCUCUUCUGGGCCGACAAAAUAGCAUCCCUGUCACAUGAGGAUCCUCAAGAUAUUUAUUGGUUAGCACAGUGCCUUUAUUUGACAGCACAGUAUCACAGAGCCUCUCAUGCGCUCAGAUCUCGCAAACUUGACAAGUUGUAUGGGGCCUGUCAGUAUCUAGCUGCAAGAUGUCAUUAUGCUGCCAAAGAAUAUCAACAAGCUCUGGACAUACUGGACAUGGAGGAAGCAGCCAGUAAAAAGUUAUUGGACAAGAAUUUAAAGGAGGAGAAUGGCUCAAGGGAAAUUGUAAAAGAUUGGGAAAUGUCCCCUGCCUCAAUCAAUAGCUCCAUCUGUCUCCUGCGGGGGAAGAUCUAUGAUGCCAUGGACAACAGACCCCUGGCCACGUCUAGCUACAAAGAGGCCUUGAAACUAGAUGUCUACUGCUUUGAAGCCUUUGACCUUUUAACGUCCCAUCACAUGUUGACCGCUCAAGAGGAAAAAGAUUUCUUGGAUUCUCUGCCAUUAAGUCAACAAUGCACAGAAGAGGAAGUGGAGUUGCUGCAUUUCCUGUUUGAAAACAAGUUAAAGAAGUAUAACAAACCUAGCGAGAUGGUGGUCCCAGAUAUAGUCAACGGUCUUCAGGACAACCUGGAUGUUGUCGUCUCCCUUGCAGAGCGACAUUAUUACAACUGUGACUUCAAAAUGUGCUACUCUCUUACGUCAAUGGUUAUGGUGAAAGACCCAUUUCAUGCCAACUGUUUACCGGUGCACAUAGGAACCCUUGUAGAGCUGAGCAAAGCAAAUGAGUUGUUUUACCUGUCUCAUAAACUGGUGGAUUUGUAUCCUAGCAAUCCAGUUUCAUGGUUUGCUGUUGGAUGUUACUACCUCAUGGUUGGACAUAAAAAUGAACAUGCAAGACGCUAUCUCAGUAAAGCCACCACUCUGGAGCGCACGUACGGCCCAGCGUGGAUUGCAUACGGCCACUCGUUCGCGGUAGAGAGUGAACAUGACCAGGCCAUGGCUGCAUACUUCACCGCAGCACAGCUUAUGAAAGGAUGUCACCUGCCAAUGCUGUACAUCGGUCUAGAGUAUGGACUCACUAAUAACCCAAAGCUGGCGGAGCAUUUUUUUAGUCAAGCCCUCAGCAUCGCACCCGAGGACCCCUUUGUCAUACAUGAGGUGGCUGUGGUUGCCUUCCAAAAUGGAGAUUAUAAAACAUCUGAGAAGUUGUUUCUAGAUGCUAUGGAGAAGAUCAAAGCCAUUGGAAACGAGGUGACAGUAGACAAAUGGGAGCCGCUCUUAAACAAUUUGGGUCAUGUGUGUCGAAAAUUGAAGAAAUACGAACAGGCUCUUGAAUACCACAGGCAAGCUUUGGUUCUCAUCCCACAGAAUGCCUCAACUUACUCAGCCAUCGGUUAUGUGCACAGCCUCAAGGGAGAUUUCGAAAGCGCCAUUGACUACUUUCACACUGCACUUGGACUAAAAAGAGAUGACACGUUUUCUGUCACCAUGCUGGGCCACUGCAUUGAGAUGUAUAUCAGCGAUUCAGAUGCUUACAUUGGAACUGAUAUAAAAGACAAAGUGAGAAAGACUCUCAACACACCUGCACUAAUGAAGAUGCUCAACACUUCUGCCGACGGCAACGAGAGCAGAGCACAACCCGUAGAAGAAGUAAACGUGUGCAUAGAAACGCCAUCAUUCAAUGCGGACAAACAAACCGAUGCUUUUCAGCGCUUCCUCUUAGAAUGUGACAUGCAUGAGAGCGACAUGAUGCUGGAGACGUCCAUGUCUGACACCAGCACAUGAUUUGAGACCUGUAAACGGCUCAAAGAGGAACUUAAAGCAUGAAAUGAUGAAAGAAUGUGAUGCAGACGAGGACGUGACACUCCCUCCCUCCUCCUCCACCUCGAUCGUGUCCUCUGUGUUGGACCCCUGUGGAUUUUUUUACUAUGAAUAAAUGUAAAGAAGUGAAUGCAAAA